AUGGCAUCGAUUAUUUUCCACCCACAGGGUUGUUCCUCUGGAAAUGGUCUUGUGACACUUGUUUCACCUGGAUCAGCGGGUACCGGUACAUGCUUUUUCAACGAUGGUGCAUUUGCAAAUUCCAAUCCAUCUGGAGGAUACGAGAUCCAAGGGAUGCCAUCCACAGUCUCGGUUACUAUAUCACAAGGUCCACCUGAUGGAACAACUUGCGGCGAAGAACUCAUUGCUCUGGAACACCAAAAUGGAUGCUAUGACUUCCCAAAUCUUUCCAAUCGAAUUUGGUGGGCAUUUUGCAACACGGGAAAAGAUUGUCCUGGAGUAACUCAGAGGCGCUCUUACCCGCCACCAAGCUUGUCCAAGAAUGCAGUCGCUGCCAACAAAGAGAUCAAAAGGAUUGUUGAUGUUCAGAAGAAAGAUACAAGAAGUCUGGGCGUAGUCUACAAAGACGACGAGGGCGAUUACCUCCUAAGUUCUACCGGCCGACGUAUCCAAGUUGUGUAUCGCAACGAGACAUUGGAUUUGGAAUUGGAUAGUUCCCCAAUCGAGAAGCGACAAAGCCAGACAUUCAGCCCUCCUAGCAACUGCAUGCUGGACUCCAACACAUGCCAAUCUCUGGCUGAUUCUGGUCAGCUGAGGGCUCUUUGCCUGGACUGCGAGCAGGGCUUAGGAAAUGGAGUUAAAGCGUCAGGAUCAUCAACGAUUGACUGCCGGAACUCUGGUGGGCCAUGCCCAGUUACAUUCACUGAUUCUGUGACUGUAACUGACACCAUUUCCGAAAGCAUCACUUUUGGAGCCACUAUUGGUGACACAGGCAAGGAUGGUGCCAAUGGAAAUGCAAACUUUAACUUUGGAUUGAGCGUUUCUAUUGCUACUACGCACGGUACAUCCGAGGGUCUAUUGAUUCCCCAAGGUAAAAUUGGCUUUGUCCAAUUUCAGCCCCAGGCCCAGUUAGGCACGGUUGUUACGACAAGCUCCCAAGGAAACGUUUGCGACAGCGCAGGGCUUAACAAGAUCUGUGGAGCUCAGCCGGGUAUACUUGUUAGCAGCUCGAACGAUGCUGAUGGCCAGUACAGCGUAGUUCUAAGCAGCUAA